GGAGGGAUGGGAGUGUGAAGUGUGAGGGAGCAGGGUCAAAGGUGAUAAAGAGAGGGGCCGUCGGAUGGCAGGAUGUGAGAGGGGGAGGAGGGGAGGAUGAAGUAAUCCAAAGAAUGGGCGCGAUGAAUGAUUGGCAACGAUGCUGGUGGUGCUGGUGAUGCUGGUGAUGGCGAUGAUGAUGGGAAACAGAAAAAAAGGGAAGAGAGAAGAAAGAGGGGAUGAUGAGGGCAAAAAAAGAGAAACCCCCCAAAAGGAACAAAGAAACAGCGUGGAGACUAAGAAGCGGGACACCAUUGGACCAACUGGGCCUCGAUGCUCUUCCCCUUUCGUUCAAACAAAAUAACAAAAUACAAAAAACCUGCUGGAAAUCGUGGGUCGGUGGAGAGAGAAUGAGUGAAUGGGUGGAGAGUAGACAAGCGAAUAUGAAAUCAGAUAAAACACACGCAGCUCAGUCCCAGCCUUUCCCGGAGAGGGCUGUCGACGGUACUUUGCAAUUGCUGCCGCCGCUGAUGUUCUUAUUCCCCCGCUAUGCACAUGUAGUCCUUCAACCGAGGCAUCGCACUCUCUUCGUCCUUUUUAUUUGGGUCGAGUGGACAGCAGCAACACCGGUGGCAGUGGCAGAGGGAGCCCUGUGUCAGCCGGGACCCAUGGGCGACACCAUCAAGAAACCAAUGAACUAAAACGGGGGCCCCGUUCCCGCCAUCGUCCUUCGAUUGCAUUUCAAGGUGCGGACAAUAUAAAAUAGAAUAAAAUAAAAACCCGAUGG